ACCGCAUUCUAAAAUACCGCAAUUGCAACACGUGCGAGUUGCGUUCUCUCUCCAAAAAAUAAAUAAAUUAUAAUUUACAGAGGAUUUGUACGCUAAAAACGCAAUGUUAAAAAAUAAAAGAAAGCCAGGAAAGUUUGUGCGGGCACCAAAAAAAACAUCGAAGAAUGCCGACGAUUCACCUGCUGAGGAUCACAGCGACCUGGAGCAGUCCACUCCCAGCAGCGAUGAUGGCUUCGAUGAGCCAAAGCCCACUCCCGCCAAGAAGGACCAAACGCCCACUACCAAACCAAAGAAGAACAAGUUCAAGCAGAGGGAUGAGACCAAGAAUGUGAAGCCACCCACGCUGGAGGAGAUGAAGGAGCUGCGCGACACCCAGAACCUCUUCCAUUCCAAUCUCUUCAAGCUGCAGGUCAAAGAGAUGCUGCAGGAGCUGCAGCUGAAGUCCAAGUACACAGAUUUCAUCGACAGCUGGCUGGAAUCUUUCACCGACUUCACUCGGCAGCUAAAGGAUGGUUUGAUGGAGCGAACCCACCUGGAGGUGCCUCUCAAUAUGCCCCAAAAGCCAAUCGGCUUCGUUUUCUCCAAGCCCACCAGGGAACCUUACCUGAUUGGAGCUGCCUCCACGGGCACAUUGCUGGGCCCCAAAAUUGUGGUAGAUGUGGCUCUUGAGAUGCCCAAGGAAUCCCUGCACAAAGACGAUUACCUAAACCUUCGCUACGACCAAAAGCGAGCUCUAUACCUGACCUAUGUGACGGAGAGGAUGAAGGAGUCUCCCAAUUACGCCCAGGAUCAGUUCACCUUCAACUACUACGCAAACAAUCCGCUGAAACCGGUGCUGGAGCUGACCCCAGUGGCGAAGCAGGUUACCAAGCACUUGCAGGUGCGCCUCUUCAUCACUGCCCCGCUGAGCACCUUCAAGCCGGGCAGGUUUGUGCCCUGGAAUAACAAUAUUCGUCCCUCGUUCUUCGGCGACGAAUGGGACGAGGAGGAGCCGCUGCCCUCCACCCAGCACUACAACGCCAACGUACUGUUUGAUUUGACUUUGUCCGAGAACCAGGAUUAUCUGGAAAAGGCCUUCAAGGGCAGGCGCAACUUCCAGGAUGGCUUGCUGCUACUUAAAGUAUGGCUGCGUCAGCGAGGAUUGGAUAUAGGAUUCAGUGGCUUUAGCGCCCACAUCCUGGCCGCCUUUAUUGUCUACUUAAAUUCGCAGCGAAUUCUGCAUCAGUCGAGCAGCAGUUACCAGGUGGCGCGCACCGUGUGGAACCAGCUGGCCAACACAGACUGGACCAAAGGCAUCAGUAUGGCUCCUGCUGCAAUCCAGACGGAGGAACUGAGCAAGAUAGCCACUCAUUAUGACGUCUGCUUUCUCGACUACACUGGCCACCUAAAUCUGUGUGCAAAUGUUCCACUUUCUCUGUACCAGAGGGUGCGAGAGGAAGCCAAACUGGCGGUGGAUCUAUUAAACGACAUGAAGCUUAACAGUUUUCCACUCAUCUUUAUGCAGAAGUGUCCCCUGUACAGUAGGGUGGAUAACAUUUUGAAGAUUACCAAUUAUUCUUGUGUAAAUCAAAUGCUUAUGCUGCAUUCCCAGCCGCGAUUCAAGUAUGAUUAUGCCAAGUACGGCUACCCGCAGCUGUUCCAAUUGUUAACAGAGCUCCUCCAUAAGGGUCUCGCUGAGCGUGUCCAUUCUAUUCUGCCUUUGGAAACGGCGUGUACCGCCUGGCCUGUAGAAAGCAAGGCUCCUGUGAUAGGAAAGCACAUUCAACUGGGUCUAAUACUCCAGCCAGAGCACGCCUACGAGGUGUUGAACAAGGGACCAGCGGCCAAUGAGGAUCCCGAGGGAGCUGCGGAGUUUCGACGUUUUUGGGGAGAAAAAUCAAACCUUCGGCGGUUUCAGGAUGGCAGCAUCACCGAAGCUGUAGUCUGGGGUACCGCCCAGGAUGCACCCUCGAAGAAACGACUAAUCGUACGCCAGAUUGUCCUGCAUUUGCUGGAGCAUCACCUUCAACUGGAGAGCAAGGAUGUGCAAUACAUUGCCGCCGAGUUGGACCAAGUCUACCGCCUGACUCCGUGGUUCAAGGUGAAUAAGCUGAAGACCAAGAUUCCACUGGAUCAGGACACCGAUGCGGAGGCACUCAGUCCGCACGUCAUUCGCUGCUACGAUGAAUUGGCAAGGCAACUACACGGGCUGAAUGACCUGCCGCUAGAUAUCGUCUCCAUAUCGGGCACCUCUCCGGUUUUCCGUUACUGCGAACCGCAACCAGUCCUGCCACAGGCGCGAAUGGCAGAAAAGUACAUCCUAGCCGGCCACGUUCAGCGUGUGGUAAUCCAACUGGGCCAGAGCGGCAAGUGGCCCAACGAACUUGCCGCACUGCGAGCUCUUAAAUUGGCCUUCCUCAUUGAGAUUGGCGAGAAGUUGGAGUCGCAGUGCCACCUCAAAUGGUUGGUCUGCAUCGAUGGUCUUUUGGUGCUAAAGCAGGGCUACUGUUUCCUGAUUCAGCUGGCCCACACCAAGGAGCUGGCGUUGCUUAAGCGGAAGGUAAAUGAGCGUGGCAUAACCACAUACGUAGACAAUCCAGCCAGUCGUACCUUGGAGCGCGAGCACUACAUCCUGCCAAAGGUGAGCGGGGCACUGCAUUCGCUGCAUCAAACCCAUUCGGCUUACGGUCCCACUGUGCUGUUGGCCAAGCGAUGGCUGGCCACCCAACUGCUGGACGAAGGACUAUGGCCUGAGAUGGCCACCGAGCUUCUGGUGGCACAUCUCUUCCAGCAGCGGUGUGCUCCACAGGCCAUAGAAGCGCCCCAAACCGGAUUUAUUCGCUUCCUGCAGCUGCUCGCACACAGCGAUUUCAGUGGUGAGCUCUUCCUGCUCAACUUUAACAAUAGCUGGCAAGAACAACAAAUUGCCGAUAUGGAGCACAGCUACCGCAACGACCGCCAGAGUUAUCCUCCCCUGGCUGUGGCCACCUCCUACGAUAUGCAGCAUGCCGGACGUCUGUGGACCUCUGAUGAAUCCCCCAGCCAGCGGGUACUGGGACAUGUGACGCGACUGGCCCGCCAUUCCCUCGAGAUUAUCGAAACCAGCAUAAUGUCGAAGGAUCUGAGGUUCGUGCGGCCUGCGCAAUUGUUUCGAGCUUCAAACGAAGGCUACGAUUUGGUUAUACAACUCAAGCCGGAUCUGGUUCCCAAUACGUUGUGCUUCGACCUGGGAUCUCCAUUUGUGUCCUUUAGCCAACCCAACUAUCUCUUGCCCCCAGCCGGUGCAGAUCGUCUUGCAAGAAUUGUUGGACAGUUAAGGUCAGCCUACUCCGACUUCGCUGCCUUCUUUUAUAAUCCCCAUGGUGGCAAGGAACUGGCCAUCGUCUGGCGCCCACCCUCUGUAUUUGCACCGAAACCAUUUAAGGUCGUCGAAGUCCAAGCCUGCACUCCUUGUGAGAACGGAAAGGUGCAAGUGCUUAAAGAAACGCUGAUCGAGGACUUUAAACUCCUGUUAAAAGAUUUCUACCUGCGCUUUGCCACACCAGAGGAGCUCAAGCGGGAACAGCUUGAGCAUCAAAAGCCUAAGCGGUACUUCAAUGCUAGUAAGCAGCCGGAUGAGUCCAGUCCGAAGCCGAAAAAGCAGAAGGUUCGCAAGGACACUGAGCAGGAGGCACCACCCAAAAAGAAACGACUCAUCAAAAGUUCGGCUCUGAAGUCCUUGAAUUAGUUGUAGCCAUAGCUUAUUGCCUAGCUGUGUAAGUUAACAAGUUUAUUAAUUAAAUCAGUUUUUUAACGUAGAUAAAUGUUGAGGAAUAUAUUUUUUAUGAGCUCCAAAAAUUUCAUA